ACCUGUGAGGAGCCCAAACUUUCCACUAGCACUACAGGCGGCUGCUGCAAAGACUGACAGAGAGAGGAACAGCUAGAUGAAUGCAAAUUAAAAACGGAAGAUUGUUCAAGCUGAUUUUUUGAUUUGACUCAAAUCAAAGCUUUGGUAAACUUGGGCCUUUCAAGUUUUGAAAUUUGAAUUAAUGUGGAGAAUAGAGAAAAUGACGAGUCUGCUGUGCAUCACAAUGAUCUCCCUGACCCUGGCUGGCAGUGCAUACAGUCAGUCAACACCAACAGUCAACGUCUUGGCAGAUCUAGGUACGGAGAUCACGCUGCCCUGCCACCCCCCUUCGAUAGAUUCCGUGUACUCUGAUAUCAUUGGUAUGCGCGUCGAAUGGACCAAGGUGGCAGAAGAUGAAGCCCGGAAUGAAGCUGUGCUGCUUUCAAUGGGAUUCCACAAGAAGACCUACGGAAGCUUCGUCGAUCGUGUGUAUAUGAAGAGCGACGAUGAUGCCUCCUUAACAAUCACAGAUGUCUCCGCUGAUGACUCGGGCACAUACCGUUGUGAGAUCAUCUAUGGCGUGGAAGACUUUACGCAAGAGAUAAUCUUGAAAGUGCAAGGCAGUCUCGCUAAAGGCGUUGUGUUCCCGUACUCCCCCAGCGUGGGCCGCUACAACCUGAACUACGUGGAAGCUACAAAGGCCUGUCUGCAUCAGAACGCUUCGGUCGCCAACUUGGAUCAACUCCGUCAGGCCUGGAAGGGCGGCCUGGACUGGUGCAAUGCUGGCUGGCUGAGCGACGGCACAGUGCACUAUCCCGUGGUCAGAGCCAGAGGGCCUUGUGGGGGCAACAAAGGGCCGGGCCUCAUAAGCUAUGGAACUCGCAACAAACAGAAUAGCCGCUACGACGUUUUCUGCUUUGCUACUGCACUCAAGGGACAAUUCUAUUGGCUGGUCCAGCCUGACAGACUGACCUUUUCCGAGGCUGUGCAGGCGUGCCUAGACGAUGGUGCAGAGAUAGCCAAGGUGGGUCACAUCUACUCCGCCUGGAAGCUCCAAGGCUACGAUCGCUGCGAUGCCGGCUGGUUGGCUGACGGAAGUGUCCGCUACCCGAUCUCCAGGCCCCGCAAGAACUGCAGUCCCACAGAAGCAGCAGUGCGCUUUGUUGGAUUCCCAGACAAGAUGCAAAAGUCUUAUGGCGUCUACUGCUACAAAAAGUAGUGAGGCGGUAGGUAGGAAUAGGGAAGCCGUGACCACCAAAGUGAAGCAACCACAUCCAUGAACAUCCACCACAAAGCAAAUGUUUGUAACUAGUAUGAGCGCAAUGCCUUAAUGAAACGGUGGUAACCCGAUUUUAACUGCUAAAGAAAUACUGUACAUCGUACUUCCACAAGCAAUAACAGAUAAAAUAUUUUGUAUCAGUGAUAUGAGAGGAGAACAAGUUGGGUUUUUCCUCCUCAGAAUGAUUAGAUAUGUGUAGAUUAAGAGCAUACACACUCAUAUGCAGCUAAUAUUUUGAAUUUAGGUCCACAGAGACCUGACAAGUUGUGAUCAAAAAACUGUUUGACAAGAAAAUGAAUGUAAAUGUCUUGUUGGACUCUGAUCUAAUCCAUCUAAUCAAUCAAUCAAUCAAUCAAUAGUUUCUGUUAGACCAACCCCCAAUCACACAUACAGUUGUUGUUUUUUACAUGUUUAUAUAUAUUUUAUAUAUAUAUAUAUAAGACAAAAACAGAUUCUGUCUGAUUUUUUUGUAUAGUGUAGUUUUUAGCAAAAACAAAAAAGCAAGAUUGCAGUGGGAUAAUGCAGAAGUACACAUCUUACCCUUUUGCCCUGAACACAACCUUUUACCAAGACAUUCCCUGAUUGUCAAAGAGUUCUAGCAAUUCCCUACACUAGCUAGAAUUACAACUAACAAUUGCUAAAAUCCACUCCUUGACUUAGGAGACAGAGGUUAUGGGCUGAUAGGUGAGUUUCCACUCAGACUUUACCGUCAUUAAAAUCCUAAGAGUGUCCAACGUCCAUCUUUUGGACAUGCAGAGCUGGUGCUCUAGAGGUUUUCCACAGCCAGAUGAUAGCCCCCCCUUUCUAGGUACUGACGUAAUAUUUUGUUUUACUUCUUCUAACCCCAGACACUGAUUUAUGGUACUUACUGCAUGUUACAUGUGGUCAUAUGGUCAAAUUGUUUGUUGAAAGAAAAAACAUCUCACACUUGCUCAUAUGUAUACACACAGACGGGUGAAGAUGUUUUUGUGUCUUAUCACAGUGAAUCAUUUUCAACAAAGCAGAUUGAAAUAAAAAUGUUACUUUUCAAUCAA